CGCGAUUUCUGCUUAGUCAUUGUCUUCCAGGAAACGGUCCCUUCAGUUGGGAGUCAACUCUGAGGCGGCAGCCGCAGUAGCAGCAGCCGCAGCCGCCAGCGCGUCCCUCCCGGGCCGCCGCUCCGCCACCGUCCGGCCUCUCUCGGUCCCGAGCGCAGGCCGAGGUCCCGCCGCGUGGGGCCGGCAGCCUCGCGCUCGGCUCUCCCGCCUCGGGCACCGCGUCCUGCGGGGCGGCCUCCUUCCUCGCCUGCGACCCCGUCGCCUCCUGGCCCCUUCGGUCGGCCGCUGCCAUGGGCACCGACAGCCGCGCGGCCGGGGCGCUGCUGGCGCGGGCCCGCACCCUGCACCUGCAGACGGGGAACCUGCUGAACUGGGGCCGCCUGCGGAAGAAAUGCCCGUCCACGCACAGCGAGGAGCUUCGAGAUUGUAUCCAAAAGACCUUGAAUGAGUGGAGUUCCCAAAUCAGCCCUGAUUUGGUCAGGGAGUUUCCAGAUGUCUUGGAAUGUACUGUAUCUCAUGCAGUAGAAAAGAUAAAUCCUGAUGAAAGAGAAGAAAUGAAAGUUUCUGCAAAACUGUUCAUUGUAGGAUCAAACUCUUCAUCAUCAACUAGAAAUGCAGUUGACAUGGCCUGUUCAGUCCUUGGAGUUGCACAGCUGGAUUCUGUGAUCAUUGCUUCACCUCCUAUUGAAGAUGGAGUUAAUCUUUCCUUGGAGCAUUUGCAGCCUUACUGGGAGGAAUUAGAAAACUUAGUUCAGAGCAAAAAGAUUGUUGCAAUAGGUACCUCUGAUCUAGACAAAACACAGUUGGAACAGCUGUAUCAGUGGGCACAGGUAAAACCAAAUAGUAACCAAGUUAAUCUUGCUUCUUGCUGUGUGAUGCCACCUGAUUUGACUGCAUUUGCUAAACAAUUUGACAUACAGCUAUUGACUCAUAAUGAUCCAAAAGAACUGCUUUCUGAAGCCAGUUUCCAAGAAGCUCUUCAGGAAAGCAUCCCUGACAUUCAAGCACACGAACUUACAGAAAUGGAUUGUUUGAAGGGUUAUUUUGAAGACUAAAAAAAAAAAAAACUAAUGUUGCUGAUUUAUGCAAGUGUCAGAGGAGCUUUUUUGUGUGUUCUUCUCUCCCCCCUCUCAAUGAAGAAGCAAGAUUAUAGUUUCAUGUUGUGAAGGGGAUCAGGUAGAUAUGGAAUUUUAAGAUUAUUUUUUGUUUCACUUCUGUACCUUUAAUUUCUGUUUUUGAAUAACCUGUAAAAAUGAUUUUUUUAAGGCUUUACAAUUUUCCAAGCUGAUAUUUGCAUCUUUUUUUCAUAAACUACCAGAAUAUAGUGAAUACUUUCCAAAUACUUAAGGACUUAAUGUUUAAAAAGCCAUAAAAUAAAGAGCAGUAAUACUACCAAAUAAUUGCUUAAAGCUGAAAGCUAAGUUAUCAAUAGUGUAUAUAACAGAUACGUUUUCUCAGGAGAGGUGUGUCCAUGACUCAAUAUAGAAAGAAUUUAUAUAAUUUUUUUUCCCCAUAAACAUGAAAAGAAGCUACAGCUUGUUAUUACAUUUCCAAAAUACACUGGAGCCUUACUUUAACACAAUGUACUGUAACUUAGAAUUUGUUCUAUGAUGAGUCUAUCUUGAAUUCCCAUCCAAGAAACUAUAGUCACCAGAAGGACCAAGGUGUCUUAUAAAAUACGUUCACAUUGUGUAAAUUCUGAAGACUACAUUGUGCUGGUAUCCAAGUUAGAGUAUCCAUUUAGGGAUGGCGGGUGCUAGAUUGAAUCACAAGUUAGCUAAUGAUUUUUCUGUUCUCAAAGAUCACUUAAACAUUAGCUAUGUAUGGAAUAGAAAAUAAAGUUACUCUAUUUUGCAUAAAUGCUGAGACUUUUCCCUACCAGAGCCAAGUAGUAACUGAAAUAAGAUCUUUGUUUUCAAUGAUAAAGGCUUAAGUCUCAUUUAAUUACAUCUCAUUUUUUAACAGAUUUCUUUCCAACUUUUCCACCUAGCAUUUUCAAUAUUGGGGAAUGUAAGUGAUUGACAGUUUAUUAUAUAUUUGCCGACAGUUGAUCUCUCUGCAAAUUGUAUGUUUACAGAAAUCUGAAGUUGUUUUAAGGAGAAUUUAAACCAUUUGUUUUCAUAAGCAAAUAUACCAACUUAUGAUUCUGAACCUCUUUUUUAAAGUUAACUUCCUAGUGUACCAGAACUUUUACCUGUCAUUUCCCCCAUAAAGUUGAUGAUGGGAUAGGUCAGUUUUAUUUUUGAAAACUAUGUAACAUAAUUUUCACUAAUAUUUUUUAUAGUUUUCAGAAUUAGAAAUACACUUAGGGGAAAAUGUUUUCAUUACAUAAUUCUACUUUUAUGUGUCUGUAGUAGUGUAUCAUGAAAUACAGGCAAAAUAAAAGCAUUAAUAAACAUGUUUAUAAUAGUCUUUAAUAUCACCUAUGAGUAUUAAUGAAUUACCUAAUAAAGUGUGUUGUAUAUUUUUUAACUGAGUUGAAUAGUGUAAGCAUCUAGAAUAUUAUAUUGUUUUUGACCUAUUUGAAUUCAUAAACAGUAUGAUUUGAAAAUUAUGAAUAGCUUUUAAGUAUCCAAGCCAUAAAGCUAUUCAUGCAUUCAUUCAUUCAAUGAUUUAUCAAAUGCCUACUAUAUGCCAACCACUGUGUAAGGUAUUGGCAGAUAAACAUAGAAAUGAAAAAGAACCUGUGUCUUCAAGGAGCAUAUAGUAUAUGGGGGGGGGGG